UAUGACAGGCCCAACUCGGACCCAAAAUAGCCCAACUGAAGUGGGCAUGAUUCGUGUUCCCCAUCCGGUUCAACCCAUUUGGAUCCAGCUGCCCUGUUUUCACAACUCUCUUUUUCUUAAUCAAAUCACAAACCCUAAUUCAGGCUAUCUUAUCGUUCCUCAAUUCAUCUGUACGUUCUCUUCCUCCUUUGACUGUGGGUAAUGGAGAAUGAGGCGGUUAUUAUCGAUUCCAGUAGGUUAAAGUCUGUUGUGUGGAAGGAUUUCGAUAGAGUUAAAUUUGGUGACAGUUGCGUUGCUAUGUGUAAGCAUUGUCAGAAGAAAUUAAGUGGUUCGAGUACUAGUGGGACAUCGCAUUUGAGAAAUCAUUUAGUUAGAUGUAGAAGGAGGUUAAAUCAUGAUGUGCCUCAAUUGGUCGGUGGAACGAGAGGGAGAAAGAAAAAGGAAGCGGCAACUGUUGCUGUUGCAACGGUGGUUGUUGAUCAACAGCCGCAAAUAGGUCAAGUGGCCACUCUUGUACAACCUAAAAUUGAAUAUGCUUUUGCGAAAGAUUGUUCAAAUAACUUGGUGAAUGGCUACUUUGAUCAGAAGCGGAGUCGUUUUGAUCUUGCUCGUAUGAUCAUAAUGCAUGGUUAUCCUUUGCAAAUUGUGGAGGAUGUUGGGUUUAAAACGUUUGUUAGAAAUCUUCAGCCUUUGUUUGAGUUUGUUACGUUUGAUGGGGUUGAGGGUGAUUGUAUGCAAAUUUAUCACAAGGAGAAACAGAAGGUGUCUGACUUGUUAGAUAAAUUACCUGGUAAGAUUAGCUUAAGUGCUGAUAUGUGGAUUGGCAAAGGAGAAGCCAAAUACCUAUGUUUGACAGCACAUUGCGUUGAUGAUGAAUGGAAGAUUAAAAAGAAGAUUUUAAAUUUUUUAUUAGUUGAUCCUUCUCAUACAGAAGACAUGCUUUCAGAUGUGAUCAUGAUGAGUCUAAUGGAAUGGGAUAUUGACAGGAAAUUGUUUUCAAUGACAUUUGAUACUUACUCAACCUAUGACAACAUAAUCUGUAAGAUUAGAGACCGACUCUCCCAGAGCAAGCUUCUUCUAUGCGAUGGUCAACUGUUUCAUGUUAGCUGUGCGGGUAAUCUGAUCAAGCACAUGGCGCAGGAUGCAUUGGAAGCAUUAUCUGAUGUAACCGAUAAAAUUCGUGAAAGCAUUCGAUAUGUUAAAAGUUCCCAAGCAAUGCAAGAGAAGUUUAACGAGAUGGCUCAACUAGUUGGAAUUAAUAGCCAAAAGUGCUUAUUUCUUGAUAAUACGCUGCAGUGGAGUUCAACAUAUUUUAUGAUUGACAUAGUUUUGGAGUUCAAGGACGCAUUUUCUCUGUUGCCAGAACAUGAUCCUGACUACACCAUGUGUCCAUCUUUUGAAGAGUGGGAAAGAGUUGUUGUUAUUGCUAGCUACUUGAAGCUCCUCAUUGAAGUUUCCAAUAUUUUUACAGGAAGCAGUCACGUGACAGCAAACACACAUUUCCCUGAAAUCUGUGAAAUUCAUUUGCAAUUAAUUGGUUGGUGUCAUAAAUCAGAUGACUUUGUUAGUUCUCUAGGAAUGAAGAUGAAAAGCAGAUUUGAUGAGUAUUGGAAAAAAUGCAGCCUGGCUUUGGCAAUUGCAUCUAUCUUAGAUCCUAGGUUCAAGAUGAAGCUGAUAGAAUAUUACUAUCCCAGAAUAUAUGGCGACAGUUCUCCAGAAUGCAUAGAUAUUGUUUCCAAUUGCAUGAAGGCACUUUACCAUGACCAUUAUAUCAACUCCACAUUAGCAUCUGAUGGUCAGGUAAGUGGUACUAUGGAUGGUGGCGGUAAUGAUACUCGUGAUAGGUUGAUUGGGUUUGACAGAUUUCUCCAUGAAACCUCACAAGGACCAAACAUAAAAACUGAUUUGGACAAGUACUUAGAAGAGCCUCUGUUUCCGCGUAGCAAUGAUUUCAAUAUCUUAAAUUGGUGGAAAGUUCACACACCUAGGUAUCCCAUUCUCUCUAUGAUGGCACGCAACAUUUUGGGAAUUCCCUUGUCAAAAGUUUCAUCAGAUUCAGCCUUCGACAUUGGUGAUCGAGUCCUUGAUCCCCAUUGGACUUUAUUGAGGUCUAACACUGUACAGGCAUUGAUGUGUGCGCGGGAUUGGAUGCUGAAUGAGUCGGAAGAUACUAAAUCUUCUGCAAACCCGUCUCCUUUGGCCAUAUGCUAUGACACAAGCUAGCAAGUUAUCACUUGUCGGUACAGUUUUAUCAGUUCUACCUUUUAGCUACCUUCGGAAUCAUUGAGUUUGUCUAUAAAGUAUACAUAUAGUAGGUAGUUGGGAACUAAUUUUGUCUGUUUCUAGUAUUGUUUUGAAUAAUCAAGGCAGUUUUCUUUUACAUGAAUUGUUUCAAAGAUGGUAGCGGUUUAAGGAUCUUGAUGUUUAGCUC